CUCUGCUGCUAAUAAUUUGAAGAGGCAUUUUCCUGUGGUGCUUCAUGUAUUGAGGAGCUGGGGAAAGGGUUAAUCAUUCAUUAUACCCUAAAUUUUAGUAUCAGUUUAGGAGACGUUGAACCUAAUGUUCAUGGUGUUUGGAGUAACUUGGUUUAUCUGACAAAAUAGCCUGUGAUUGCUGAUCUGAGCUCGAGCCUAAGUAAAUUAAGGCGAGCUGAGCUUGAGCAUGGUAAAGCUCAGCUCAUUUGCAGCCCUACCCGGACCAAGUUGCCCGCACCUCGACUAAUUUCCGGGGCCUUGAAGUUAACGAUUGGGCAAACCUUCGAAUGAAAAAAUUAUUCAAUACUUCGGGAGUAUACUCCCUCCUCUCACAUAACAUGGGGAGCCCACAUGUAAGCUCCACAUGUAAUGUGAGAGAGGGGGUAUACGCCCAGAGUACGGAAUAAUUAUCCCCUCCAGUGACCCCAAGGUUCGGAAUGUUUAGCCUCUGUAAAAACGAAUGAAAAACUUUGUAGGUAGUUAGAGUUCUCUACGGCAUCAUAGCUCAUGCAAUAUGCUUCAUCCCUCAUUACCAAUAUAAUAAUACUCAUUUUCCUCUACUUCUUUAACAACUCCUUUAAAAAAAAACCUCUCUCUCUCUCUCUCUCUCUCUCUCUCUCUCUCUCUCUCUCUCUCUCUCUCUCUCUCUCUCUCAUGCAUGCUCUGCACUUCACCUACCAAAUUACCAACAUGCAUAACAGCCAAACUCUCCAAAUAAAACGAAACAAAGUUCAUUAGUUUAUGAUUAAUUACAUCUUGUGUUUCUUCCUCACAAAGUAAUCACUGACCCUUUGCUCUGCAUUUUCUGAGAUGGGGUUGUGUGGGAUGAGAUGGGUUUUGUCUCUGGAGAUGAUAUCGUGCGGUUAACCAUUGCUGUCAACCGAAUCUUGUAUGGAUCUCUGCUUUUGUUUUGCCCACUUCACUUUUGUUUCUAUUUCCAUCCUUCUUUUGUUUUACUUACUUUGUUCAACCAAAAGAGGCAAAAUCAGAUGUUGGGUUUCUCCCACGUGUAAGUGACACAGGGGAUCCCUCCCCAUGCUUCCUUGUUUCCUUUUUUCUUUCCUGCCAUAUAUGUAUGUGUGAGCAGAGAGAGAGAGAGGAGGGGAGUGGUGCAGCCAUGUGAGGGAAAGGGUGAGGAGAGUGAGAGGGGGGCCGGUCGUGGCUCCCUGGAGAGGAAGCGGUCGUGGUUCCGGGAAUAUAUGAGUUAUAUAUAGAGUGAUUUUUCUCUCAAUCUCUUGUGUGUGUGCGCGCUUGUGUGCGUAGAGGUGUGGAUUGGGAUCGGUCUCGACCCAACAUCAGAUUGAGAGAAGAAACCUUUUCUUGUCAGGAAAAAUGAACCUUGUACGAAAACUGUUGGAGAGGCUAAGGCCCAUUGUGAAUUUCAAAAGCUGGGACUAUUGUAUUAUUUGGCAGUUGGCUGAAGAUCAAAGGUUUCUUGAGUGGAUGGAUUGUUGUUGUGCUGGUUCUGAGAACAUGCAAAAUGGUGGAGAGGACCUUUUUACUGUUUCCUCAGUUACUCAUUGCAGAGAUGCCAUGUUUCAGCAUCCAAGGACCAAACCUUGUGAUCUUCUUGCUGAAUUCCCUCCCUCCAUUCCCCUUGAUUCUGGGAUUUAUGCACAGGCCUUGAUGUCAAACCAAGCCAGAUGGUUGAACUUCUCUGCUAAUAACUCAGACUCAAAUCCUCUGGAAGAAACAGUGGGGACUAGGGUGCUGAUUCCAGUUCCAAUUGGACUAGUUGAGCUAUUUGUUGCCAAACAAGUACCCGAAGAUCAAGAAAUUAUAGACUACAUUUCAUCUCAGUGCACCAUCUUAUUAGAACAACAAUCAAUGAUCAAUUCAAGCAAUAUGGAUCCAAACUUCUCAAUGAGCGAAAACAAUCAAAUAGACCUGACCAAUAAUCCAUUCCUACCUUCGCCGGAAAAUUCGAACCUGCCAUACGACAUCACUGCAGAUAGAAUCCAGCUCAAUUCUCCGAUGAAUUUCGCACAACCAUCCUUCUUUGAUGGAUCAAACUGUAACGGAUUUCUGGAGAUGGAUUCGAUUGCAAAGCCUAUGACUGUGGGAUCUUCAUCUUGUGUUAACAAGGAGACUGAUAAGGAUUCAGGUAGACAUGAUAUGGGUCGAUCAGAGUCGAUAUCCGAUUGCAGUGAUGCAAAUGAAGAUGAAGAUGAUGCCAAGUACCGGAGGAGGACGGGUAAAGGGCCUCAGUCGAAAAACCUGCAGGCUGAGAGGAAGAGAAGAAAGAAACUCAAUGACCGGCUAUAUACACUUCGCUCUUUGGUCCCUAUAAUUACCAAGUUGGAUAGAGCUUCGAUCCUUGGCGACGCAAUUGAAUUUGUGAAGGAGUUGCUGAAACAAGUAAGUGAUCUCCAACUUGAACUUGAAGAGCAGUCAGGGGACGAUGAAGGUACCAAAAACAAUGGCCGGUCUGAGAUACUGAAUGCCGGAUUGAAACGUGAACAUGAAAACACUCUUGUCGGUGGUAAUAACAUGGGAGCAGCAAGCUAUGGUUCUGUUGCAGAACCCACAAACCGAAAACACGAUUCGGAUGCUUAUGAUCAUAAGUCACGUCAAAUGGAGCCUCAAGUGGAAGUGGCACAAAUAGAUGAGAAUGAGUUCUUUGUCAAGGUAUUUUGUGAGCACAAGAGUGGGGGCUUUGUGAGGUUGAUGGAGGCUUUGAAUUCUCUUGGCUUGGAAGUAACAAACGUGAAUGUAACUAGCUGCAGAUCUCUUGUUUCAAACGUUUUCCAAGUUAAGAAGAUGGACAGUGAAAUGGUUCAAGCAGACUAUGUCAGGGACUCCUUACUUGAGAUAACGCGAUUCGGAGGGUGGCCGGAUCAAGUGGCUAAAACAUCCAAGAAUGAUCAGGAUGGCAUGGACUGCCAUCACCAUGACCAUCGCGGCGGCGGCGACCAUCCAAACGGCCUCCACAACCACCAAACAAGUUCUCACAACCUCCACCAACUUCAUCGCUGAUAGUACUAAAUGGCAUGGGUGAUUCAAAUAAAAGUGUCAUUUCCAGCUUUCAAUUAACUUCUUAACUGUUUCCUUGUGAGCUCUUGCAUGAGCUUCAUGGACAUGUCUCUUAACAAAAAAGACUGGAGUUCUCCAAUUUGAUACUAUUAGUAUAUGACAGUCCUUUUUUCUUGCCCUAUAAUGGAUUCCAAGAGUUCAUUCAUGGAUAGUGAGAAAGAGUGAGAAUUUUUUU